ACGAAUACCCGGGUCUUUUAGAACACUUGGCUUGCCUCUGGGCCUGAGAUUGCCAGAUUAAGGGGAAAUUAUCAGCAUAUUUUGGUGUGAUUUCACUCUCAAAUGGGGUGUAAUGUUUUUUCUUGUGUCACAUUGAUUGCUUUGGGAACCUUACUCUGUUGAGAUCUUGGAUUCUGUGCAAGUGGAUGGGAAGCCUUUACAUGUAAGGUUGCCAAGAAAUUGAACAAAAUGAAGGAAAAAGCAAGAGGCUCAAUAUCUGUCGACGGCAUGACUGAACCCAAGCAUGACCGAGAUAGUGACCGGGAGUCCCUCACCGACUGGACGCUGGUGGACCGUGAUGGAACGCCAGAAGGUGCAGAGGGAGACAGCCCUCAGCACACUGAUGAGGAUGAAGUCACAGGAGCCACAUCUUUAGGAGAUGAGGAACAAGAAGAAGAGAAGGAAUCAGGCUAUGGAAUGGAGGAAGGUGAAGAGGAGGAAGAGGAUGUCCAUGAGGAUGAGGAGGAGGAAGAGGAGGAGGAGGAGGAGGAUGAGAGGCUCUCUGAUGAGCUGAUCUCACUGGGCCAGAGGGUGCAAGAGAUCAAGGGUGAGUCCAUCAAGGCAUCCUCGGGCUCGGACUCCAGUGACAUAGAGACUCUCGAGUGCCCCGGUCCUGAUGAUUUUUACGAGGACCACGCCCUGGCCUACGAUUCCAUGCACUCCUCCCUCAUGUCCUGCUCCCUGCGCAGUUUUACCUUUGUGGGCGACUCAGAAACUUCUCUGGAUAGUCUGUGCCAUGAUGGUACCAUGGUGGCCAGUAGAGCCGUCUGGGAAGGUGUAAUCCCAGGUGAGGCAGAUGCUGAGAGCCUUGCCAGCACAGAUAUUUCCGUGCUGGAUGAGGAAAAGGAAAAAAUUGCCGAUGAAGAGACAGACCUCUCACUGGCCUCCUCACCCUCACUCCCAGAUGAUCUUCCAGCAAUAAAGCCUGACACCCAGUACCGCCAUACCCCAGACAGAGAUCUCAACUCUCGGCUGAACAUCGUGGUUGCACUCACACUGGCCUGUGUACUUGGGCUUGGCUUAGGACAUUUCCUUGGUUGGUCCAGCCGCAGUAUGUGGCAAGACACACUAAACUCUGCUCAGGUACGUAAACUGCGAGAACUUCAGGAUGACUUGGUGAGCUGCAUGAACUCACCCUUACAGCCCCCUCCUGCCCCUGCUCCUGGAUUCUCAUUUGAUACCCCUCAGUCCCCCCUAAUGGACACAUACCCCCCUGAAGCAGACUUGCAUGAGUCUGCUUACCCGGGUGUAGAUGCGCCUUUUGUGCCAGUCCUGCCUGAGAGUGAGGAGAACUUGCUGAUUGUGGAGUCUUUCGUAGAGUCUCUGGUGACACCCCUUGAGGACGCUGGGGUGGUUCUCAGUGCCACCAGGAGGAAGGCUGACAUGCCAUCUCUCAGCCAGGGGCCCUCAGAGGGCUUCGGGGUAGCCACUGACCCCACCUUUGCAACCCCAGACCUUAUGCGGGAUGAGGACUUUGAGGCCAGCCUAUCCAGAGGUGUGGCAGAAGACAAGAACAUAUACAAGGAGGAUGGACAGUCGAAGGCCGGGAUGAAGAUGCAGAGGCUACUGAGGUCAGAGAUGUGUGCAGCCUAGAGAGCUGCGAUCCUUUGAUCCGAGAGGAGGGUGUACAAGGAACGAGCGAGAGCCCUGUCCUUCCUCCUGUGGAAAAGGCUGGGCAGGAUGACAUUGCUGAAGACCCGUGUGAUGAGGAUUUGGCUGCGGUAGAAUAGAAAC